AUGCUGGCUAUGCUUAGCACGGCACUACGCUAUCUUAGGCUGCAUGUCACGUUUAUGGCAAGGGUGUGGCUGGUUCUACAUAUAGGGAAAAUGUUCACAAUAGCUGACUUCAUAGAGCGUAGAGAAAACGUGUGGCCAAUGCAUACGUCUAAUGCGAUAAACGCUCCCAAUGCAGUUCUAAUUUUUAGCGAAGCUGCUUCCAUUUGUGGUGACGCUACUUUUAAGGCGGUUUGUUCUGAUGCAAUGCGGCUAACCUCGACCCGCCCUAGACCCUACAGGGUGCUGUCCAUAUUCUCAGAAACUGCUAGACCUUUAUCAACGCUGCGCUCGAUUAUCUCGUAUCUGCUUAUGGGGGGAUCUAGGGCCUUGGAUUUUGAUCACUGGUAUGGUUUCGACCUAACAUUCAAGCCGCUAAGUCACACUGGGUGUGAGCUAGCUCGAGAAAAAGGAAGUUUAAGGGGUGAGCGCUUACCAGAGAGUUGA